AUGGUCUCAUAUUUCUGGUCUCUUCCUUCUGGUCUCUUUAUUCUCCUACCCCUGGUCCCCUACCCCUGGUCUCCUGCUCCCCCCUUACCUGCUGUUUGGGUACGCUUCCCCUCAGAGUUAGGAGCUGACGACAUGGCUCAGCAGAAAGCAGGCGAGCGUAGCAGGGAUAUCGGUAACUUCCAGAGUGAUUGCAAAGCAGAUUAUAAUACUCAUUUAGUCACAGAAAAUGACAUCAAACCUCAGGAUUUAAAGAUCUGUAGACCUACUUUUAGGCAUCCUUCUUCCACAUUUAUCCACACAGACGGCUAUAUGAAUAUCUUUCCCUUCUUCCACUGUCAUCCACAUCCAUCCACACUCAUCCACAUCCAUCCACCUAGGUUCCACAUCCACCUCCUCAAACAUAACCUUUCAAAUUAUGCCACUCGUCUAUUUUCAUCCACAUAUAUCCGCAUUUACCCACACAUCCAUCUACAUCUACUCAAACAGCAGUCCACAUCUAUCCACAUCAACCCAUACAGCCAUCUACAAGUACCCCCACCCAACUACAUCUACCCACACUUACCCACAUCCACUCAUCCAUAUUCACCCACAUCUACCUACCCCCACCCACAUCUAGCCCCACAUCCAGCUCAUCUACCCACACCCAUCCACACUCACCCACAUCUACCGCCACGCCCACCCACAUCUACACGCACCUAUCCACGCUCAUCCACACUUACCCACAUCUACCCACACCUAUCCACACUCACCCACACCUACCCACACCUGUUUCCUACCCACCUCACCUGUGCGGCUUGA